AUGUCCCGCAAGCAGGCGGCCAAGAGCCGGCCGGGCAGCGGCGGCCGGAAAGCCGAGGCCGAGCGCAAGCGGGACGAGCGGGCGGCGCGCCGGGCCCUGGCCAAGGAGCGGCGGAGCCGGCCGGAGCCCGGCGGCGAGGAGGAGUUCGUGAGCUUCGCCAACCAGCUGCAGGCCCUGGGGCUGAAGCUGCGGGAGGUGCCGGGGGACGGUAAUUGCCUGUUCAGAGCUCUUGGUGAUCAGUUGGAGGGACACUCACGAAAUCAUCUCCAGCACCGACAAGAGACCGUAGACUACAUGAUCAAGCAGCGGGAAGAUUUUGAACCCUUUGUAGAAGAUGACAUUCCCUUUGAGAAACAUGUGGCCAGUUUGGCAAAGCCUGGUACAUUUGCUGGCAAUGAUGCAAUUGUAGCCUUUGCAAGAAAUCAUCAAUUGAAUGUGGUGAUUCAUCAACUUAAUGCCCCUUUGUGGCAGAUUCGAGGUACAGAUAAAAGCAGCGUGCGGGAGUUACACAUCGCAUAUCGAUACGGCGAGCACUAUGACAGCGUUAGGAGGAUCAAUGACAACUCGGAAGCUCCUGCUCACCUCCAGACUGAUUUUCAGAUACUUCAUCAAGAUGAAUCAAAUAAAAGAGAAAAGGUCAAGACAAAGGGAGUCGACUUUGAAGACGACCUGCGAGAUGAGGUGGAAGAUGCAGUUCAGAAAGUUUGCAAUGCGACUGGCUGUUCAGAUUUUAAUUUGAUAGUCCAGAACCUGGAAGCUGAAAAUUAUAAUAUUGAAUCUGCAAUAAUUGCCAUGCUUCAGAUGAACCAGGGGAAAAGAAAUAAUGCAGAGCAGAACCUCGAGUCCCGUGGCCGAGUGCUGAAGCAGAGUGGUCCUUUAUGGGAGGAGGGUGGCAGUGGCUCCAGACUCUUUGGAAAUCAGGGCUUACAUGAAGGCAGGACUGAAAAUACUAAGGCGCAGGCCAGCCCUAGUGAAGAGAACAAAGCAAAUAAAAACAACCUCCCAAAGGUCACCAACAAGCAGCGCCGGGAGCAGCAGCGCCUGGAGAAGAAGAAGCGGCAGGAGGAGCGGCACCGGCUCAAAGCCCUCGAGAGCAGGGGCGGCCACAAGGACAACAGGAGCGAAGCGGAGGCCAGCGAGCAGGUCACCUUGGUGAAGACCUUCGCCGCUCUCAACAUCUGA